AUGGACCUGCGGAGGUCUUCAUUCUAUAGCACCUUAGACCUGGUGCCACAUCUGGAGAACUAUGCCAGCACCCUGCCACACCAGCAGUCAAGGGGCCGACCUUCUCUGGAGACUCUUCGCAAGGCAUUUGAGGAAGACGAUGCAGGAAUUGAGGUUCCUGACACCACUGCAGGCUCAGUUAGCAGCCUGCCAGUCACUGACAGCGGAAAUGGAGAGUCAAAAGGUCCGCAGGAGAAAGCUCCUGUUAGAUUUGGCUGGGUGACUGGAGUCAUGAUUCGUUGCAUGCUGAAUAUCUGGGGAGUCAUCCUGUUUCUUCGCUUGUCAUGGAUCAUUUCUCAGGCAGGCAUCUUGUUGACCUGCCUUAUUAUCCUGAUGUCUGUGACGGUGACUUCUGUAACCGCUCUCUCUAUCUCUGCCAUCGCCACCAAUGGGAGGGUGAUCUCAGGUGGGGCCUAUUUCAUGAUCUCCCGCUCUCUGGGCCCUGAAAUCGGUGGACCAAUUGGGAUGGUUUUUUCCUUUGCCAACGCUCUCGCUUGUGCACUUAACACUGUGGGCUUUGCAGAGGUGGUCUGUGAUUUAAUGCAGGAGUUUGGUGUCGUCAUGGUUGAUGAAGACAAUGAUGUGCGUAUUGUGGGUGUGAUCACGGUGACUAUGCUUCUGCUCAUUUCACUGGCUGGGAUGGAGUGGGAGUCAAAGACCCAGAUUUUAUUCUUCAUAGUUCUCAUGGUCUCAUUUACCAACUACUUUGUGGGCACGUUCAUCCCUCCCAGUCCAGAGAAACAGGCCCAAGGCAUCUUUGGAUACCGGAGUGAGAUCUUCUUAGAAAACCUGAAGGCAGACUGGAGAAAUGGAAAUGAUUUUUUCCACAUGUUUGCCGUUUUCUUCCCCUCUGCUAUUGGCAUCCUGUCUGGAGCCAACAUCUCUGGAGACCUCAAAGACCCUGCCACUGCUAUCCCCAAAGGUACCCUCAUGGCCAUUUUCUGGACAACACUCAGUUAUAUAGGAAUUUCAGCAACUAUUGGGGCGUGUGUCAUACGGGACGCUUCUGGUAAUGUAACUGACAUACUGACCUCGAACAUCACUGACGGCUGUGUGGGUGUGGGUUGUAACCUGGGCUGGAACUUCACGAAGUGCAAACUGUCAGACUCCUGCCAGUAUGGUCUGGCCAAUAAUUCAAAGGUACUGGGCCAGGUUUCAGGUUUUUACUACCUCAUCACUGCUGGUGUCUUUGCGGCCAGUUUGUCAUCCGCUCUCGGCUUCCUCGUCUCUGCUCCUAAAGUGUUUCAGUGUCUGUGCAGAGACAAAAUAUACCCAUACAUUGGGUUCUUUGCAAAGGGUUAUGGGAAAAAUGAUGAGCCACUCCGGGCCUAUAUCCUCUGCUACCUGAUUGCUGUGGUCUUCAUUCUCAUUGGUAAGCUGAACAUCAUCGCACGCUUGAUUUCCAACUUCUUCUUGUGUUCCUACUGCCUCAUCAACUUCAGCUGCUUUCACGCCUCAAUCACCAACUCCCCUGGUUGGAGGCCUUCAUUUCACUACUACAGUAAAUGGACGGCUUUGUUUGGAGCAGUCAUCUCUGUAGUGCUGAUGUUCCUCUUGACUUGGUGGGCUGCUCUCAUGACCUUCAGCAUCAUCUUCUUCCUGUUUGGAUAUGUCAACUACACCAAGCCAAAGGCAAACUGGGGUUCAUCGGUCCAGGCAGGUACCUACAACAUGGCUUUGUCAUACUCUGUCUCUCUUUCUGGAGUGGAGGAUCAUGUCAAGAAUUUUAGGCCACAGUGUCUUGUCCUGACUGGGCCCCCAAACCAGCGACCUGCUCUGGUAGACUUUGUUGGAUCCUUCACCAAGCACAUAAGCCUCAUGAUCUGUGGAGACAUCAUCACGGUCGGUCCUUCAGCCUCACCAGUUUUGUUCCUUACAGCAGCUGCUCAUCACUUUGACUGCAUGGUGAAGUGGAUGAAAAAGAGGAAGGUGUGCUCGUUUUAUACUCCUUUCACUGCAGAGAGCCUCAGAGUUGGAGCUCGACACUUGUUACAGGCCUCUGGUCUCGGCAAACUGAAGCCCAACACUCUGGUCUUGGGCUUCAAGUCAAACUGGAGAGAAAGUUGUCCUGAAAGCAUUGAAGAUUACAUCAACACCAUAUAUGAUACCUUUGACCACAACUACAGUCUAUGUAUCCUGAGGAUGAUGGACGGCCUCGAUAUCUACAGCCACUAUGAAUUUGAAGUGAACCACGGGUUUGAGUCUGAUGAAUAUGCAGAAAAUGACCACAAGGAACAUAGUGAGAUGAAAUCAGUUGAGGACAUCUCAGACAAAGACGACAGCGAUCAGACCAGGACAGUGUUUCAGAGUGACCAGGGGAAGAAAACCAUUGACAUCUACUGGAUCGCUGAUGAUGGAGGUCUGACUCUGCUGGUACCUUACCUGCUCACCAGGAGAAAACGCUGGCGCAGCAGCAAGGUCAGGGUCUUCAUCGUGGGAGAUGAACAGAACAUGGACGAACGCCUCAAAGAGAUGAUCGCACUGCUGAAGAGAUUUCGUCUGGAUUUUAAUGACGUUAUUGUCAUGACUGACAGUGAGAAGCGUCCACACUCGAAGAACCUGAGUAGGUUUGUGGACAACGUUGCUCCCUUCAGGCUAAAUGAUGAACAGCAGGAUGGUAUCUCAGUGGAGGAGCUUAGACAAAGUGUCCCGUGGAAAAUAUCUGACAAGCAGUUUGAGGCCUUCAGACUUAAGUCUGAGAGAAAAGUGAGACUGAAUGAAAUCAUUCGGAGGAAUUCACAACAAGCUGCUCUCGUGCUUGUGAGCCUUCCUGUGCCACAGAGCGACUGCCCCAGUGCUCUGUACAUGGCCUGGCUGGAUGCUCUGACCUGCGGCCUCCACUGCCCUGCUUUGCUGAUAAGAGGAAACCAGCAGAAUGUUCUCACUUUCUACUGCCAGUAAAUAUGUCUCCGAAGAAAAUGUGUUUUAUCGUGGACGUCAGUAGAUGCCAGGUAUACG